AAAUGAAGGAGGUACAUUCAACAAUGGCUCUCCAACAGUUUGUGUGCUGCUUCACUGUGCUGAUCAUUUUCUUAUGCAAAGGUUCAGAGCAGCUCACAUGUGGCACGGCUCUGAAAAACAACAGAAUCAUAGGAGGUCAAGAUGCAACAUCAGGAAGUUGGCCCUGGCACGCUCUUGUAAAUUAUUUGUAUGGAGGGACUCUGAUCACUGACCAGUGGGUGCUGACAGCUGCAUCCAUCACACCACUUGUCAGCAGUAAUGUCUAUCUGGGCCGCUACACUUUGUCUGGUUUAAAUCCAAAUGAAGUGACUCGAACAGUGGAAGAAGUCACCUGCCAUCCUAACUACAACGAUUUGACACUUGAGAACGACAUCUGUCUCCUGAAGCUGUCGGCUCCUGUGAAUUUCACAGACUACAUUCGUCCGAUCUGCUUAGCCUCAGAAAACAGCACUUUCAACAGUGACACCAUCAGCUGGGCCAUCAGUUUUUUUUCUCAAACUGAAUAUGAUUCUGAAUUUACCCCAGUCCAGCAGGAGGUGAAUUUACCAAUAGUGGGAAACAGUGAGUGCAUAAAGACCUAUUCAGACCCCGUUUUGGAAUCCGCCAUUAAAAAUGGCAUCUGUGCCGGAGCUGUGGGGAAGACUCCAUGUUCGUUUGAUGAAGGAGGACCACUCAUGACCAAAAAAGAAUCAGUCUGGGUCCAGAGUGGAGUUCUGAGUUUUACUUCAUGUAAAGGACUUGGACUCUACACUCGUGUGUCCCGGUACCAGAAAUGGAUCAACGACACCGUCACUGGGACACCACCAGGCUUUGUUACCGUCACCAGUUCAACAUCACCUCUCUCUGCUACUGCCCCUCCCACUCUCCCUCCUACUGCCCCCACCACUGUGAUAUGUCAAAGUGUGUUUUGCUGUGGUGAAAAUCUGAUCCACUUCACUCACUUCACCUCACUCUGUGCUCUUGUUGUGUUGCUCCACAUAUUUGCUGGAAUUGGUGGAACAUAAGACAACAUAUUUACUCAUGUUCUGUGUUUACGUGCAAACAUGAAAUACUUUAUCUGAGUAUUUUUGCCUUCAUGACAUUUUAUAACUGAGGUAAAUGCUGCACUUGUUCCUCUACUAUAUCUAAUUAGGGACAGCUGAAGUUUUUAAAGGCUUUACUGUUUAAAUUAGAUUGUAUCUGUCUAGAUUUACUGUACUCUCUUUAAACUAUUUUAAUAACUUACUUCAUUCUUAACCUUUCAUUAAGUUUCAUUUUAUAUUGGAUACUAUAAAUAAUAGAAAACAUAAAGUUUGUUACUGUCAUUAAGAAAUCAAACCCUUCUUAAAUAAUCCCAUGUUAA